CCUCUGUUCCCUCGUCUUGAAAACAUCUGCAGAGAGAGAGAGAGAGAGAGAGAGAGAGAGAGAGAGAGAGAGAGAGAGAAUGUGUGGGAUAUUUGCGUAUUUGAAUUUCAACGUGGAGAGAGAGAGACGGUACAUUCUUCAGGUUCUCCUCAAUGGCCUUCGUCGUCUCGAGUACAGAGGCUACGAUUCCGCCGGCAUCGCCAUUGAUGAUUCGCUUUCUCGCCAUCCAAACACAUCCAAUCACUGCUUCUCCCCUCCUCCGCUCCUGUUUCGUCAAGCAGGCAACAUCGAGUCUCUCGUCAAAUCUGUUUACCUAGAGAUUGCAGAUACAGAUGUAAAUUUGGAAGAAGUUUUCCAUUCUCACGCUGGGAUUGCACACACCAGGUGGGCUACUCACGGUGAACCGGCUCCAAGGAAUAGCCAUCCUCAGUCGUCUGGUCCUGGGGACGAUUUCCUGGUCGUUCACAAUGGCGUGAUCACAAAUUACGAGGUAUUGAAAGAGACACUAGUUCGGCAUGGAUUCACAUUUGAAUCAGAAACAGAUACAGAAGUUAUUCCCAAGCUUGCCAAAUUUGUUUUUGACAAUGCUAGUGUAGAAGGUGAACAGACGGUAACAUUCUGUCAAGUUGUCUUUGAAGUGAUGAGACAUCUCGAGGGAGCUUAUGCUCUUAUCUUUAAAAGCCACCACUAUCCAAACGAGUUAAUUGCGUGCAAGCGUGGCAGCCCGCUCCUUUUGGGUGUUAAAGAGCUAGCUCAAGACAGGGACAGCGAUGACGUUUUCCAAGACUCCCACUCCAUUUCCAAGAGCGAGCAUCCUAAAGAGCUUUUCCUGUCGAGUGAUGCCCAUGCUCUCGUCGAGCACACAAAGAAAGUUCUGGUGAUUGAAGAUGGUGAGGUCGUUCACCUCAAGGAUGGAGGAGUAUCAGUCCUCAAGUUUGAGAAUGAGAAGGGAAGACAUGGCGGUUUAUCUAGACCCGCUUCGGUUGAACGUGCGUUAUCUGUUCUAGAGAUGGAGGUAGAGCAAAUCAACAAGGGAAAAUACGAGCACUAUAUGCAGAAAGAAAUCCACGAACAGCCAGAAUCUUUGACGACCACGAUGAGGGGAAGGCUUAUACGGGGCGGUUCUUGCAAGGCAAAAACCGUCCUCCUCGGCGGUUUGAAAGAUCACCUCAAAACCAUAAGACGCAGCCGACGCAUAGUUUUUAUCGGAUGUGGGACAAGUUACAACGCUGCUCUUGCAUCGAGGCCCAUCCUCGAAGAACUCUCUGGCAUUCCCGUCAGCAUGGAAAUCGCUAGCGAUUUGUUGGACCGGCAAGGUCCAAUAUACAGGGAGGAUACUGCAGUUUUUGUCAGUCAGUCUGGUGAAACUGCAGAUACAUUACUCGCCCUGGAAUAUGCUCGCGAAAACGGCGCGUUAUGCGUCGGAAUAACCAACACUGUCGGGAGUGCAAUCGCUAGAAACACACACUGCGGUGUCCACAUAAACGCCGGAGCGGAAAUCGGUGUUGCAAGCACAAAGGCAUAUACAAGUCAGAUUAUAGUGAUGGUUAUGGUAGGGCUAGCUAUCGGAGGCGACACCAUUUCCAGCCAGACGAGACGGGAAGCCAUAAUCGAGAGCUUAUUCGACUUACCUAAUAAAGUGAGGGAAGUGCUGAAGCUAGAUGGAGAAAUGAAGGAACUCGCGAAGUCGCUGAUAGACGAGCAGUCGCUUCUCGUAUUCGGCAGAGGAUAUAACUAUGCCACGGCUUUAGAAGGGGCGUUGAAAGUGAAGGAGGUCGCACUUAUGCACAGUGAAGGCAUGCUUGCGGGCGAAAUGAAACACGGCCCUCUGGCUCUGGUCGACGAGAAUCUCCCCAUCGUCGUGAUUGCUACUCGGGAUAAUUCCUUCAGCAAACAACAAUCGGUAAUUCAGCAGCUCCAUGCGAGGAAGGGACGGCUAAUAGUGAUAUGCUCAAAGGGAGAUGCUGCUUCCGUCUGCCCGAGUGGAUCGUAUCGAGCCAUUGAAGUCCCUCGAGUCGAAGACUGUCUCCAACCCGUUGUUAACAUCGUCCCGUUACAGUUAUUGGCGUACCAUCUCACGGUCCUUCGAGGUCACAAUGUGGACCAACCGAGGAACCUUGCGAAGAGCGUUACGACACAAUAAAAAAGUCCGAACCAGGUGUCUUAGUUCAGUAAGUUUGAUGAGCUGAUCAUAUUGUUUUGUGUAUAAGUUCUGGUAGCCAUGGCCCGAACCAGGUGUGUUGUGUUGCCUCGAGUUCGAACCAGGUGAAUCCUUAUGGCUCGGUUAGCUCGAGCCAUGACCAACGUCGACGGCUCAUUGGCUGGACUCUUAUGGUUCAGUGGUGAGAUCGGGUAGUGCAGCAGGCCCUUGCCAAUCCUUGAUUAUGUUCUUUAGAACUGAGUACGAGUCCGGUUUACCACGGUAGACAAACCGGUUAUGGUGGUCUAGAGAUUAGAGUUUUGUAAUUUAAUGUAAUAAGUUAAAGUUUAAAAGAUUUUGGUGUUAUAAAUAAAAUAUUUAUGGUGAA